AGAAAAUGAAAAGAAAAACAAAAAGAUAGGGGAGUGUGAAUGAGAAAAAGCGACGAGAAGAGAGGAGAGGAGAGGAGAGAAGAGAUGAUAUUAUGAUGUGUGGGUGGCACGGCGCUCUCAUUGAUUCUCAUCUUUAUUUAUUGAGACACUAUAAAGAGAAGCAAUGACACCAAUUCUCAUUCCCCCUCACUUUUGGGUUCAAAGUGAUUGCUGACUCCUUUUAUUUCCUUUGCACAACACAACAUAUACACGUUCGCCAAUACCCAUAUCCUUAUAUCCUAUUCUCUUGUCUCUGUCCCCUCUUCUUUCCUUCCCCGUAACCUCUCUUAUGGAAACUCAACAACAACAACCCAUCAAGUCUAGGUUCAGACGCAUCUGUGUUUACUGUGGUAGCAGCCCCGGAAAAAAUCCCAGCUACCAACUCGCUGCUAUUCAACUCGGAAAACAACUGGUGGAGAGGAACAUUGACUUGGUUUAUGGAGGAGGAAGCAUUGGAUUGAUGGGUCUAAUAUCACAAGUUGUGUAUGAUGGGGGACGCCACGUGUUAGGAGUGAUACCCAAGACACUUAUGCCAAGAGAGAUAACUGGAGAGACAGUAGGAGAAGUAAGAGCUGUAUCAGGAAUGCACCAACGCAAGGCUGAAAUGGCCCGACAAGCAGAUGCAUUUAUCGCCCUGCCAGGUGGAUAUGGCACCCUUGAAGAACUAUUGGAAAUUAUCACCUGGGCUCAACUAGGUAUCCACGAUAAACCGGUGGGGUUGUUGAACGUGGAUGGGUACUACAACUCGCUGCUGGCAUUCAUGGACAAAGCUGUGGACGAAGGUUUUGUAACACCAGCUGCCCGUCACAUUAUUGUUUCUGCCCAAACUGCCCAAGACCUCAUGUGCAAGCUCGAGGAAUAUGUCCCCGAGCACUGUGGCGUGGCCCCCAAGCUAAGUUGGGAGAUGGAGCAACAGUUAGUUAACACUGCAAAGUCAGAUAUUUCUCGUUGACUAAACCCACUCUUCUACAAACACACACACACUAAUGCUGAUUCUGAUGCACCAUCAAGGACCCCAGAUUUAGUUUAUUUGUAUAAGCUAUAACCUCAACCCCC